CUACACUGACUUUUGUUCCGUAGUGUCCCCGCUUCUUCAUGUCCGCCGCGCCGGAAACAUGUGCAAUGCAGUGUGGUGUUUCAGAAUUACUUCACCUUAUUUCUCUCAAAAUAUGACUGCUGUCACUCGGGGAUCUGAGAAGCUUGACCGUUGCACUGUUGCGGCCUCUCUCCGAUCCAGACGAAGGGACGCGGAUGUAUUUUCCUCGAUGGCUGUCAAAGUAGAAAAGGAGGAGGCGAGAGUCUCCCAGAAAACAGCAUCCUUGUCAUCACCGGAUGGUCGUCAGGACCUCUUCCAGUUGGCCACUGCUCAACCAAAACUAGAAUCAGAUGCUCUGUCACUAUCUUCUCAUGGCCGCAGGCGGAGACAGGUAAAGGUGGAGUACGAUGAGGGCGGGUCAUCGACGAAGACGGAACACUGGGAACCUCCUGACUGGAAGAAACAGUUGGGACACAUUCGUGAGAUGAGAAGCAGCCGUGAUGCCCCAGUAGAUAGCAUGGGAGCGGAGAAGUGCUAUGACACAGAGGCUCUGGCUAAUGUCAGUGUGAGACGCUUCCAAGUGUUGGUGUCCCUGAUGCUGUCCAGUCAGACCAAAGACCAGGUGACUGCAGCGGCUAUGCAGAAGCUCAAAGCACAUGGCUGUACUGCAGAAAAACUCCUUUCUACUGAUGAUGAAACGCUGGGAAAACUCAUCUACCCCGUUGGCUUCUGGAGGAACAAAGUCAAAUAUCUGAAGAUGACAGCGGCCGUGCUCAUGAAGGAUUAUGGAGGGGACAUCCCAGACAAUGUAGAGGAGCUUGUCCGUCUGCCAGGGGUAGGACCCAAGAUGGCACACCUGGCUAUGGAUAUCGCCUGGGACCAGGUUUCUGGUAUAGGUGUAGACACACACGUGCAUCGGAUCGCCAACAGGCUGGGCUGGCUGAUGAAGCCCAACAAGAACCCAGAGGCAACACGCAAAGCAUUGCAGGAGUGGUUACCCAGGGAUCUGUGGAGCGAGAUUAACUGGCUGCUCGUAGGUUUUGGACAACAGGUUUGCCUUCCAAUCAACCCACUCUGCUCCAUGUGCUUGAACCAGCAUUGCUGCCCUUCCGCACACCAAAGCUCUCCUGCAAAGCUGCUUCGAGUUCGAUCGCUGCAUUCUCCCUGUCCGGCCUCUUCCUUCCAAGCAAAAACUGAAUCUGGACAAGAAACUGUUGUUAAGGAGGAAAGAAAAAAUGAAGAGCCGCAGAAUGUUAAGCCGACCACACAGGGACGGAAACACAAAAGAAAGAUUAAACACUAAUUUGGAACCUC